AAAUCCGCCACGCCCAUACCUCUUCCUCCCUCUCGAUCAUCAUCAUCAUCAAAACCCUAUCUCACCCUCGAAAAAACCAUUAAACAAAACCCCCCAUUAUUGUUCCCUCUCCUUCUUCCCUUCCCUCCCUUUUUCUUUUAUUCUCAGAAGUUUCUCACCGCAAAUCUUCCCCCGACCAAUCAGCUCCACUUCCCAUCUUAAAAAACAUUACUUCAAAACUACAGAAGACAACCAUGACAGGUGAAUAUGGAGGUGGCGGUGACACCAAGAGUGAAACCCCAAACAUGUUCUCCAAGCUUCACCAUCACAACUCCAACAACACCCAACACCACCACCCUCAGCAGCAGUACCACCACCAGUUCUCCAACCCCUUCCAGGUCACUCCCGUCUCCGCCCGCGAAUGCCAACAGCCCCAGACUUCUGAAGAAGAAGACACUAGCCGAACCAGCAGCGGCACUGCCCAAAAGACACUCAUUUCCGACCCCAACAACCCCGCCGGCUGCGACGGCGCCACCAUUGAAGUCGUGCGCCGCCCCCGGGGCCGCCCUCCCGGCUCCAAGAACAAACCCAAGCCGCCUGUGUUCAUCACCCGCGACUCCGAGCCCGCCAUGAGCCCUUACAUUCUCGAAGUCCCCGGCGGCAGCGACGUCGUCGACGCUGUCUCACGCUUCUGCUGCCGCAAGAACAUCGGCCUCGUCAUCCUCACCGGCUCCGGUACCGUCGCCAACGUCACUCUACGUCAGCCUUCCACUACUCCCGGCGCUACUGUCACCUUCCACGGCCGCUUCGACAUCCUCUCUAUCUCCGCCACGUUCCUUCCGAAGACGGCGACGGGACCCAUACCCAACGGCUUCACCAUCUCCCUCGCCGGACCACAGGGCCAGAUCGUUGGAGGACUCAUCGCCGGGGCACUUAUAGCCACCGGAACUGUUUACAUCAUCGCCGCAUCGUUCAACAACCCUUCGUUCCACCGGCUGCCGAUGGAGGACGUCGACGCGCCGAGGAACUCCGUGUCGGGAGGAGAAGCUCAGUCGCCGCCACUCUCGACGGGCGGGGAGAGUGGGGGUCACGCGCCCGCGCUGUCUUGUGGGAUGGCCAUGUACAGCGGUCACCUUCCUACUGAUGUUAUCUGGGCCCCGACUGCAAGACAACCACCGCCUCCGCCACCCUACUGAUCAGAAACCAACCAAGUUCGAGUCUUUUUACUCGUUUCUUUCUGGAAAUGAUAUCGCCACUCCAAAAACUACUCACUGCACUCCCAUUAUUACUUCAUUUAGUUCACAUACACAGAUGAAGCUAAACAAGAGGGUAGACUGUUGUUGGAGUUAUGAUGGCAUCUCCUGUCGAACUUUCUGGGUUCAUUUCAUCGGGUUAAACUUACUGUGAAUUUAGAAGCUAAGCUGGUUUUUUUUUUUACUUUCAUCGAUCAGGCUACUUGUUUUUUAGACUUCCUCUGCAAAUUUUUUUGUAUGUUUCAUGUUGAUUCAUGUAGACGGUAAUGUUUUUAUUUUUUAAUCAAAUUAUGUAGACGGUAAUGUUAAUGCUAGUGUUUAGUGCUAAUGUUCAUUGGAUUUGAUUGAAAAUA